AUGGGCAAGGACAAGGGACCUUCUUUCAACCUCAAGACCCCCAAGGGCACCAAGGACUGGUCCGGGUCCGACGCCCUCCUCCGAGACCGCAUCUUCACAACCAUCUCGAACGUCUUCAAGCGCCACGGUGGUACCGCCCUCGACACCCCAGUCUUUGAGCUGCGCGAGAUCCUGGCUGGCAAGUAUGGCGAGGACUCCAAGCUCAUCUACGACCUGCAGGACCAGGGCGGCGAGAUCUGCUCGUUGCGCUACGACCUCACUGUUCCAUUCGCGCGCUGGCUCGCCAUGAACAGCGACAUCCGCAACAUCAAGCGUUACCACAUCGCCAAGGUCUACCGCCGUGACCAACCCGCCGUCAGCAAGGGCCGCAUGCGCGAGUUCUACCAGUGUGACUUCGAUAUCGCCGGUACCUUCGACCCGAUGGUGCCCGACGCCGAGAUCCUGCGCAUUGUCAGCGAGGUCUUUGAAGAGCUGGGCUGGACUGGCCGCUACACUAUCAAACUCAACCACCGCAAGAUUCUGGAUGGUGUCUUUUCCGUCUGUGGUGUGCCAGAGGACAAGAUUCGCCCUAUCUCUAGUGCCGUCGACAAGCUGGACAAGAUGCCGUGGGCUGAUGUGCGCAAGGAGAUGGUUGACGACAAGGGUCUUGAUGGUGAGGUUGCGGAUCGUAUUGAGAAGUACGUUAUGAACAAGGGCUCGCGCGAGUUGCUCGACACCCUGCUCAAGGACGAGACUCUCAACGCCAAUGCCACUGCCAAGGCCGGUCUCGAGGAUAUGGCCUUGAUGAUGGACUACCUGGAGGCCUUUGGCGUCCUGGACAAGGUCUCCUUCGACAUGUCCCUGGCUCGUGGUCUGGACUACUACACCGGCGUCAUCUACGAGGUCGUCACUGAGGGUUCUGCCGGUGUGCAGGCCGAUGCCCCAGAGGCCCAGAACGCAAAGAAGUCCGGAAAGAAGUCCAAGAACUCCGAGGAUGACGACCGCUCCAACGACCCCACUCUCGGCGUUGGCAGUGUCGCCGCCGGUGGUCGCUACGAUAACCUUGUUGGCAUGUUCCUUCCCAAGGCUCAGAUUCCCUGUGUUGGAAUCUCCUUCGGUGUCGACCGUAUUUUCUCCAUCACCAAGGCCCGUCUCGAGCGUGAGCAGAGCACCAAUGGCCUGCGCAGCAGCGAGGUUGAUGCCUACGUCAUGGCCUUCGGUGGUAAGGGAUUCAACGGUAUGCUCAAGGAGCGUAUGGAGAUCUGCCAGAAGCUGUGGAGCGCUGGUCUGAAGGCCGAAUUUAACUACAAGCUGAAGCCCAAGCUUCCCCAGCAGUUCAAGGCCGCCGAGCAAGGCGCCAUCCCCUUCGCCGUCAUCCUCGGCGAGGAAGAACUCGCCGCUGGCAAGUGCCGCAUCAAGGAGAUGGGUCUGCCCGAGGGACACGCCGAGAAGGAGGGUGUCGAGGUUACCCUUGACUCUCUGGUCUCAGAGUUGAAGACCCGCAUCGCUAAGAAGUCAGAGGGAUCUGUUACCUCCCUGGCUCAGCAGCUGCAGGGUGCUUCCGUCUAA